AUGGAACAAAUUAGUGAAGGCUUUUCUAGUCAAGUUCUUGGGACAGGAAAAGACUAUGUUGAUCCAAACCUUCUAUAUGGUUUAAAUCAUGAGUUCCGAAUCUAUAUUGAUGCUGCGUCUGGGGGUUCUCUCUUGACUAAGAACCCAACUAAGGUGAAGGAGCUAAUUGAGAAGAUGACGGCUAAUGACAACUAUCAUCCAGGAGGCCGAAAUAAUGUGAAGAAGGGAGGAAAAUUAGAUGUUUAUGCUCUAACUCUUUUGACUAGCUCUGUGCAGGCAUUGACAAGCAAGUUCGAUAGACUACAAGCUGGAUCAUCUUCUAGCUCACCUGAAACUUGUGAAAUACGUAAUUUGGAAGAUCCUCCCGUAAGGGAGCCAUUAAAGGAGGUUCUUGAGGGAGUAGUCACAACUGAGAAGGCGAUUGAUGGUAGUGUGAUUGAGGAAGAGCUAAAGGCAUCGUCUCCACCACCACCUGCUCCAUAUGUGCCACAGGUUCCUUUUCCACAAAGGUUGGCUCAAGCUAAGUUAGAGAAAAAGAUAUGCUCUAACAAGAAGAAGCUAGAGGAGAAUGCUACGGUUGCGUUGACUGCAGAGUGUAGUGCAAUUUUGCAAAACACACUUCUUAAGAAAUUAGGCGAUCCGGGUAGCUACUCAAUUCCGGUGAAACUUGGAGACAUAGAAAUCAACAGGGCAUUAUGUGAUCUUGGUGCAAGUGUGAGUCUUAUGCCGCUCUCUAUUUGCAAGAAACUUGAAAUGGGUGAACUAAAGCCUACACGCAUAUCUCUACAACUUGCGGAUAGGUCAGUCAAGUUUCCUUUGGGUGUACUUGAAGAUGUUCCACUUCGCGUGGGAAAAUUCUUUAUUCCAUGCGACUUUGUUGUGAUGGAGAUGGAGGAGGAUGCACAUGUUCCUAUUAUUCUUGGUAGACCAUUCUUAGCCACUGUAGUUGCAAUCAUUGAUAUGAAGAAUGGUAAAAUCACUUUUGAAGUAGGUGACGAGAAAAUGGAGUAA